GAGAAGGGUUCACUCUGGGAGAACUGAGCCCACCAGUUCCUUUCUUGCAGUUAAGUCUCAAAGGCAGUGCAAGGCCUCUUUGCAUCUUUCUUUUUGAGCUGGAGGAGUAUUUUUGGAGGAGUAAGUUUAUUGGAGAAGAUGCCUGAGCCAGCCAAGUCAGCUCCUGCAGCUAAGAAAGGGUCCAAGAAGGCCAUCACUAAAACCCAGAAGAAGGGGGACAAGAAGCGCAGGAAGAGCCGCAAAGAGAGCUAUUCUAUCUAUGUCUAUAAAGUGCUGAAGCAGGUCCAUCCUGACACCGGCAUCUCCUCCAAAGCCAUGAGCAUCAUGAACUCCUUCGUCAAUGACAUCUUCGAGCGCAUUGCUGGAGAAGCCUCUCGCUUGGCCCAUUAUAACAAGCGCUCCACCAUCACCUCCAGGGAGAUCCAGACUGCCGUCCGGCUCCUUCUUCCAGGAGAGUUGGCCAAACAUGCUGUCUCUGAGGGCACCAAGGCUGUCACCAAGUACACCAGCUCCAAGUAAAAGGGAUCCACUUUCCAAACAGACCCAAAGGCUCUUUUCAGAGCCACCCACCUUUUCAGCAAAAGAGCUGCUAUUAUUGAACCUGUGGGCCAUGGAACAUGAGAGCAAGCUGAUGUUCCUUUCUAAACUUCUCCCAGCUU